AUGAUCACACGAGCAUGCCCAUUCGUUCGUCUGUAUGUGGCUAAGCUGGACGCAGCCGAGACGUCAGAGGAACCAUCGCAUCCAACUUUCGAAGUUGCCCAAGCCACCGAGGCUAUCCUGUGGGCUAUUGAAAUGAAAGUUGAGGUCAUUUCCAUGAGCUGGAACGUCAUGCUGGGCGAAAAUAGCGUCGAGAAGCGCGGCUUGCAAGACGCUAUCCUGGCAGCCCAAAGAGAGGGUAUUCUGAUGUUCUGCGCCGCGAGCGAGAAGAAACCAACUGAAACGGACGACAAGUCUUGGCCUUGUGGCUUCGCCGAGACGAUUAGCAUCGGCGCUGCCAGUGAGCGCCGCAAUGCCCAAGAUUAUGUCGGCGAUGACGCGAAUUUCAUUCUUCCCUUGGAUGCCGAUGGGGCCGGCAGUGGUAGCUCUGCCGCGACAGCUCUUUCUGCUGGCCUAGCAUCGUUAAUCCUCUACUCAUUCAAAAAAGCCCGGUACGACAAGGACAACAAGCAGUCUGAGAAGUUACCAAAACGACCGGGUAAUUCAUCGUCCGCAGAAGAGGAAGUUCCCCAUAUAUUGAUGAGGAACGUCUUGGACAGUCUGUGUAAGCGAAAAGACAGCAAAUAUGUGGACAUCAACAUGCUGGGUUCGUCAGUUACGUUUGCCGGUAUUGCGAACCAGUACCAACAGUACGUCAGAACCAGCAAAAGCAAACCAGGAAAGUUGCCAGGAUUGUAG